AUGCCGUUGGCCCAGAACUUUAAUACCGCGGCUCCAGAACUGGCCAAUCGACCGUACAAAUUCACGAAGAAGACCUCCAGAAGUGUAAGAUAGGUGUUGUAGCACUGUUUCGUAUUUAUUUUACCUUUAUUAUAACAUUUUUAUAGUAAGAUAUAUAAUAGUUUGGGUACCUAUCUCUAUCAGUAGUAUCGUAACAACUAUUGUAAACCCAUGUUGUUGUAAUCACUUCCAAUGUUAUGGUAGAAGUAAGCGUAAUCAAUAUUAUAAUAAUCUGUUAAAAGUGAACUAUGUGGUGCUUAAUAAAACUAUGAAUGGUUUAAUCGGCUUUGUAUUUCAAUUAUCCCCUGUUUGUGUUUUCUGUCAGUGUGCUUCGAUGAAGCUGAUCCGGACUGUUUUCAAACGUUUUCAGAUGUCGCCCAUUGCCCGAACACACAAACAAAUUAAUUGUUUUGGGAACAGCAGCAAGAACACGGCACGGGUAAGUAAGGGUAACGCGUUAUAACGUCUUAAUAAGUUAGUCAAAAAGUUUUUGGAGUUGUCCCUUAAAUAAGACAUGUUUAUUAUUAUAUUUUUUGGAUCAGACCAGUAUAAUCUGGUUAAAACUGAGACUUAAUAAUUACAGUUGAGAAAAAGUAUAAGAGAACUAAACAUUUACCUUUCUAAUUCUAAAAAUUCACAUAAAACAGAAGGAUUGACCUUUCAAACGUUAUCAUUGAUCUGAUUUCACAAAAUUAGUCUAAAACAAGGUCGGUCUAAUAUUAUAAACUGCGUCAUGAACUCUUCCGGUAGCGUAAUUAUUCAAAUCGCACUACCAUUCAGAGAUAAAAUACAAUUUGAAAAGCUGCCUUUUGUGUUUGCCUCCGGCUCUUCCGGAUUUCGCGCUAAAAAUUAUUUUUUGAAAAUUAUUUGAAAUAAAAUUAAAAAAUGGGUUUCAAACUGAAGAGCCUUUGUUUUUAUGGAGUAAGUGACUAAAUUAAUGUUAUAUAUAUGUAUUUUAAUAGUUUCACAGUUUUAUUUAGACAUCGAAUAUUGUGAAGGAUGUUUUACACUUGAUUUUACAAACAUUUCGUUAUUUGAUUGAAAUUUCAGGCUAACAAACAGACAAAAUCGCCAAAUUCUUCUGGCGCCGAAGAAGAAUUGGACGAUAGUGGCAAUGGAACCCUGGAUACAAACUCUACAGUCGACACAAUCAAAGAGCUGGACACAGAAUACGAAGUAAAGGACUUCACGGAAGAGGGAUCAGAGCGGCCGAAUGCCUCACAGUUUGAGUUACUUCACAUUCUUGGCCAAGGAUCGUUCGGAAAAGUAUUUUUAUGCCGAAAGACCAGUGGUUCUAAUGUUGGGACUUUGUACGCCAUGAAGGUGUUGAAGAAAGCCACCUUGAAAGGUAAUUUUAAAAUUUGUUACUUAAAACUUGCUUUCCUGAAUUUUCAGUAAAUGAUCGUGUCAGAACCAAAUUGGAGCGGAAUAUUUUAGCACAAAUUAACCAUCCUUUCAUCGUGCAGCUACACUAUGGUGAGUUUUAUUAUAUCUUGUUUCUAUUCCGAGUUUAGCGUUUCAAACCGAAGGAAAACUGUAUCUGAUUCUGAGUUUCUUGCGAGGAGGAGAUCUGUUCACUCGAUUGUCGAAAGAAGUCAUGUUUACUGAAGAAGACGUCAAGUUUUAUCUGGCUGAACUUGUACUAGCUAUUGGGCAUCUUCACAGUCUUGGCAUUGUUUAUCGAGAUCUGAAACCAGAAAAGUAAGUUUUCGAUACUUUUUUACAUUAUAGGUAACAAAACAUUACCGUUGUGUUAUUUGAUAUUUAUUUUCUUUGAUGAGUUUUUUGUGUAUGAUUCCUUUAUUUCAGCAUUUUAUUGGACGAAUGUGGUCAUGUCAAUAUAACGGACUUUGGAUUGUGCAAAGAAUCGUUAGAUUUUGAAACCAAAACUUACAGUUUCUGUGGCACGAUCGAAUAUAUGGCUCCAGAAGUUGUGAAUCGGAAUGGACACACUGCUGUAGCCGAUUGGUGGAGUUUGGGAGUUCUGAUGUUCGAGAUGCUGACUGGUCGAUUGCCGUUCCAAGGAGAUGACAGACAAGAUACGAUGAAAAAGAUACUGAGGUAUGUCGUUUACUUUUUGAUUAACAAUUGUCUUCAGUGAUAACUCUUACAAUGAAAAGUAAUGGUACUAUUACAAUAUAUUCUUUAAUCUGCUUUAGGUCAAAAUUAGCUAUGCCAACCUUCUUGAGUCGAGAAGCACAAUCUCUUCUGAGGGCACUUUUCAAACGGGUACCCGAGAAUCGGCUGGGCUACGGUAACAGUGGAUUGGAGAACAUCAAGAAUCACAACUUCUUCCAAACCAUCGACUGGAAAAAGCUGUAUAACCGCGAGAUCCAACCUCCCUUCCAGCCCACAAUAACUUCUGACGCCACUUUCUACUUUGAUUCAGAAUACACAAAGAAGUCAGCGAGAGGUAAGUUUUUUGUAGAUUUACAAGAACUAAUAUCUUGUUUUAGGUUUAUUGGUGAUUUUGUAUUGUGGACAAAUAAGGUUAUGUAUUGCAAUUCCUUUAAUAAUAUGGUUAUAUUAUGUACUUAUUUCUAGAUUCCCCUGCUGUCCCAGCUUCUACGACAGCUCACGAACUGUUUAGAGGCUUCAGUUUUGUUGCUACACAUAUCUUGGACAAGGAGAACUGUGAGAAUACGAAGGCACCAGAAUCUCAGAUAACGAACCGUAUUAUCAGCCAGGCUUUGACCACGAAAGGAAGUUUCCAUCAGGAAUACGAAGUAAAGGAGCAGAUCGGAGUGGGAGCUUACAGUUCCUGCAAACGAUGCAUUCAGAAGGCCACUAACAACGAGUACGCUGUCAAAGUAAGUUCAUCAAUGCAAAUCGAUCUGAUAUAAUGCAGAUGAGGGUAGUGGUUAUUGGAAUUUUAAAAUAUUUGUUGAUCAAGAUGUUUGUAUUUUGAGGUUUUUGUUUAUAUAUCACUGUAUUUGUGUUGACUUCUGUAGCUAUUUUUAGAUUGCAGCUAUUUGAUUAUUAAUAGAUUACUUUAAAUAUUUUCAUAACUAGUUAUUUUAUAUGUUACAGUACCUAUUUACAGAUCAUUGACAAACAGAAGCGGAACCCAGUUGAGGAAGUUGACAUUCUGUUGAGGCAUAGUCACUUCAACAACAUAAUCGACCUGUACGCGGUGUACGAAGAUGAAAGUCAUGUGUAUAUGGUGCAAGAACUAUGUAGAGGAGGAGAGUUGUUGGAUCACAUCAUCAACAACAAGCUGAACGAGAGGAAGGUGGCUGAAAUCAUGAAGACAUUGGCUACGGUAUUAGCGUAUCUUCACGGAAACAUGGUACGUUAUGUCAUUGAAACUAUUAUUUUGUGAAUUAUCUAUGUUUUACACAUAUUAUGUUAAUAUAAAGUUAUGUGUACUUCUAAGCCUAAAAUGAUUAUGUUCAACGCUUUUAAGGUAGUGCACCGUGACCUGAAGCCUCAGAAUAUAAUGUUUGUGAAGAAGGACUCGACCAAUGUUGAUGAUAUCAGACUAAUUGACUUUGGGUUUGCCAAGUUGCUACGAUCGGAGAAUGGCAUGCUUAUGACGCCAUGUUACACUGCCCAGUUUGUGGCUCCAGAAGUGUUGAAACGACAAGGAUACGACAUGAGUUGUGACGUGUGGUCGUUGGGAGUACUGCUUUUUGCCAUGUUGAGCGGGUAAGUAGUUAUCUUACAGUAUAUUAUUGAAGAUAGUGUCUAAUAGUUGGUUUUUAAACUAUUUUUGCCAUUUAUUGUGUUAUGUUACAGAGAAACGCCUUUCCUCACAAGCGCCUCGGACGAGCCUUCGAAGAUUCUUCAGAGAGUUGGAGAGGGAAAGUUCACCAUGUCAGGGCCUCAUUGGAGUAAGAUAUCGGACUUGGCCAAGGAUCUGGUUAUGAGAAUGCUGCACGUUGAUCCAGGACGGCGGAUCAGUGCCAAAGAGAUUGUCAUCCAUCCUUGGCUCAAUCAGGGCGGCCAGCCGACCAAAGAUUUGGAGUACAAACUGGAUGUGGAACAAGUGAAAGUAAGUUGUGUAUGAAUAAUUGGUUUAGGUAAUAAGAGAGAGUAUUUUUUCGGAUAAGUAAUAUUGUGUUAUGUUCAGUCUUUUUAUAUUACUUUCAAGUAACAUCUUGAGUUAUGUAAUCACUACGACAACUAUCUCAAUACCUUCUUGGCUUAAACGUUGUCACAAGUUGUAAAAAACGUGAAUUGGAUGUAACUACAUUGUGCAAGACAUGUUAUUUUCAGAAGAACAUCGACCGCACCUUCAAAGCUGUAAUGGGUAAAAACCAAGCGAUGCCUUUGUGUCCUGUCAAUUCCUCUGCCUUGGCCAAACGACGAAAUCAGCGGCCCAAAAGUCUCUCGGAUUCCCAGGAUUUCUGA